CCCGGAAGUGUCAGUAAGCUCUGCGCCAGAAUGAAGCACGAAAACAUCCAGGGGUUGAAACAUGCAACGAGACAAAAACUGAAGACGUUUGAUUCCAUGCGAGGUAGAGCGGUACCGUCUGGUCUGUUUUGGGACGCGGUGGUUGUGAGUGCCGCUGAUGAGAGCCAGAGAGAAGCUUAUGAGCUGCAGAUCAGAGCGAAAGUUAGCAGGCAUGAACUUCCUCUGGUCCAGUACCUGGUGUUGUCUGAUCCACCUGGAGCCAAAAUAGGUAUGACUGCCAAACAACAUGGUUGUUGGAAUGCACCCAGAUAUAUGCCAUGUGCUUCAGGAAAUGGAGGCUCAACUCUGCACUGCCUCCGACACUUGAGUGAACUCUUGGGGAAGACUUUCAGCAGCAUGAAGGUGCUCCUGAUUCAUGCAGGUGGGUCAAGUCAGCGUCUGCCCAGUGCCAGCGCUCUGGGCAAGCUCUUCAUGGCUGUCCCUCUGGGGGAGCCCCUCUAUCAGAUGCUGGAGCUCAAGCUUGCCAUGUAUGUAGAUUUCCCCGCUCAGAUGAAGCCUGGUGUGUUGGUGACCUGUGCUGAUGACAUCGAGCUCUACCAUGUUCCAGAGGGGACGAGUGUUGCAUUUGACAAGCCUGGCUUCACAGCUCUAGCACACCCCUCACCGCUGACCAUCGGAACCACACAUGGCGUGUUUGUUUUGGACUCAUCAGAAAACUCCUCAGACUUGGAGAUGGAAAACAAGUCCUGCCUUCGUUUUCUUCACAAACCAAGUGUUGAAACGAUGAAAGAGGCUGGAGCUGUGUGUAAGCAACAGAGUCCAUCCUCUUUACUUUCAGAGGCAGAGUUUGUGUACACGGACAGCACCUACUACAUGGACUCGGCGACUGCCCGGCGUCUUGUAUAUCUGCUCACACAGAUCGAGCCUCUUGACUGUGAGAUCGAUGCUUAUGGUGAUUUUCUUCAAGCUCUCGGACCCAACGCCACAGUUGAUUACACCUGCAACACUGCGAAUGUUGUGAAAAAGGAGAAAACUCUUGUGGAGGUCCGUCAGAAAAUCUUCCAUCAUCUCAAAGGAACUCCACUAAAUGUCAUUUUGCUCAACAAUUCCAAAUUCUAUCACAUCGGAACUACGACUGAGUAUCUUUUUCACCUGACUGAGGAUGAAGCUUUGAGGAGCGAGCUGGGUCUGCUGUCGUCAGCCUUCAGCCUUCAGAACUCACAGGAUGACUGUUGUGUCAUGCACAGCAUCCUCCACCCCAGUUGUUCAGUGGGACCCGGGACAGUGGUGGAGUACUGCAGGCUGGGAGCAGGAGUGUCUGUGGGCAAGGGGUCAAUUCUCAGCAGCUGUUGGGUGAAUUCAGAUCUCAUAAUUCCAGAUGGGGUCUUCAUGCACAACUUAUGUGUCAACCAAAAGGACAAGCCUGGGUUUGUAACUGUUGUUUUUGGGAUUCAAGACAAUGUGAAACUCAGUGUUGGAUCAUCAGAGGCAAUGGAAGCUCUAAGUCUGUGUGGUGUCACCCUGAAAAACUGUCGAACCUUCUGGGGUUUGGACCAGGAGGCUGUGAGGUUCUCCUCUGACAUGUCCUGCUGUAGUUUGUGGAACGCCUGUCUGUUUCCUGUUUGCAGCGACAAACAAAGUUCUUUUUUAACUUCACUGAAGAUGCUGCAGGCUGUCAAGACCGGCUCGGAAUUUAGCAUCCCCAAAAACAUGAAGCUGAUGUCAAUGCAGGAGUCUUUAGUGUGUAAGAACCUGGAGGAGAUGUUGACUUUUAGGAACGAAAUGUAUGAUGACAUAAAGAGGCGUUGCAACAUUUGAUCUGAAUGAAAAACAAUGAAGAGUUAUUUGUCCUGUUUAUUAAUUAAUGAUAACAUUAUAAUAAUGACAAAAAACAGACUAAUAUUACAAUAAAAAAGAAAAACAACAAUGUAAAUAUGUAUAGCGCUGACAUAAAUAUUUUUUUAUCGAUGGAAAAAAAUAUAUAGCUUUGCAGACGAAAUCGAAGUGGUCAUCUUUAAUUGGGUGAAAGGUUACGUGGCUUUUUAGUAAUUAUUUCUGAAUAUUUUUCUGUCAUAAGUUCUGUUCUGUUUAAUUUUUAAAUACAGUAGUUACAAUUGCUUUAAUUUAAAAAAAAAAAGAAAUCUAAUACUGAAAAGACCAUUGGUUUUUGACUAUGGCUCAAAGUUCAUUUGAAAACAAGCGUCAAACGAACACCAAUCCCACUCACUACUAUGGUUCACUUAUUCUUGAAAUAAAACAGGCCUGUAUGAUAUUGACAGUCUACAAUUAUAAUGGGUCGAAUUAUCUUUAUUACAUGUCAUGCAAUGAUGUGUCUAAUGUGGACAUCCUGUGGAGAAAAAUUUCGUAUUGAAAAACAAAAUCUAAGUAUAAUGACAAAUCCUCUCAACAGUCAUUUGAACACAUUAUCAAAGAAACAAAAUAGUUGUGUGUGAUGCACCAUCUUCAGUGCGUCUGAUUUCUUGUUUUGUCAUGUCAAACACUCCUCUGUUUAAAAAGGCAAAACUGGUUUGACAGCAAAUAAAUAUUGAACUCGCAUUGUAUUACUGUACUGAGGGGCAAGUCAUUGCUGUGCUUAAUAAUACACACACACACACACACACACACUCUCACGACGCCGACACACAAGCAUGUUGGCAUUAGGGGACAGAUCAGUUGUGAGGCAUUCCACUGAAUGGUGUUUAUUUUUAGCCGGUGACCAUGAUCCCCUCCUUUAUCUGGACCUCUGUGAUUGUGAGUGUGAGA